CGACGGGAGCAAAGUUCGAUUUCUUUCUUUUGCUGUGGCUGUGAGUAUCAAGCAUGAGAUUUAUUCCGAGUGGAAGGCUAUCCUUGACGGAGGAUUGUGAAGUCGAAAUCACUUACACAAAGGCUUGCUUCAAAAAAGUCUGGUACAAGGCCAUUAUCGAGUUAGAACCGCAAAGGGAACCCAAAUCCAGGCUCCGACAACGCUGUGUCCGUUUGCUUAAAGAUGACUCGUCGACUCCUCUUACCGCCUUCACUCACACAGCCUCGUUUCAUCCGAUUCCGACAAAACACUUCGAUGGUCGCGUCGAUAUCAAGGAAGUCUCCAUCGUGGACGCCGAUCAUAAACAUGGGUGGUGGGUUGGUCUUGUCGUCAAACAGAUUGGGGAUGAUAAGUGUUUGGUGUUGUUCGAUUCACCACCCGAUAUCAUUCUGUUUGAGAGAAGCCGUUUGAGGGUACACGUCGACUGGGUCGAUGAGACAUGGUGGGUCUUCCCAGGACGAAAUGUACAGUUCUUGAGGCGGUUGCAGGAGAAGCCUUUGUUUAUCUCUGGAGCACUGGUGGAAGUGAGUGAUAAGAUAGAUAAAGGAGAGGCCGUCUGGGUUCCUGCACUGAUCAUUAAAGAGAUUUGUGAUGAUGGGAAGAAAUAUAUCAUUGAGGUUUGUAAUACACCCUCGAGCUGCGUGGGUACCAAGAAAAUACCCAACAAAACCGUUGAUAUAAAUAGUGUUAGGCCUAGGCCACCUCCUUUUUCGGCCUCUCCUUUAUCUAUCUUAUCACUCACUUCCGUAUUUCAUGGUACAUCAUGGCGUCAAGGACGAGUGAAUGGGAGGAUGUCUCAUGGAUGGUGUAAAGUGCUUUUAGAGGCUACAAAAAAGAUAUUGAGCUUCAAAAUCUCAGACAUUAGGCCUUCCAAAGUGUGGGAAAACGGCGUGUGGAAGCCAAGGGAAUCGCCUUUGACUCAAGGGUCGGUAGAUGAGAUGGGUGAUUCUAGUAGUACAUUCUCUCCAGUAUCUAACAGUCCACGAGAGAAUCCAAUGGAAUCGCCUUUAACUCAGGGAUUGGUGGAUGAUAUGGGUGAUUAUGGUAAUACAUUCUCUCCAGUAUCUAACAGAAACAGUUCACCUGUAACUCCAUCUCCGGGCGUAACUGCAACACCAUUGACACAAACACAAGAGAAUGGAAGUAGGGAAGAUAACAAUCGGAAGAGGAAGAGAGAACAAAACCUUAGUUCUGUUGAGCAAACUGAAUCAAAGGAUAUAACAAUGGUUUUGCCCUUUGAGAAGAAGUUGCCAAUUUGGAAGACAGUUGAAUCAAUGGAGGUGUUUAAAACAUUCCCACAGAGUCCUCAUUUUACUCCAUUGUUGGAUAUUAGGGAAGACGCUCGUGAAAUGUCUGCGGUGGGUAUGAUGCUAACCUUCUCUGGAUUACUUGAAGAAGUCAAAGCUCUGAAACUCAACAAUCCCAUAACCUCACUACAUAGCCUUAGGGAUUCCUUUACUGAGUUAGAGAAGCAUGGGUUCAAUGUAAAAGUACCUAUGUUGCGGAUUAGUAAGCUGUUGUCUCUCAUAGAUAGGCAAGCAAAGAAAAUGGAGGAACUCGAAUGUACCGAGAAAGUGACUGCAGAGAAAGAGAGCAUCAAGCUUGAGAACGAACGCAAGAUUCUGGAGCUGCAAAAGCUGAAUGAAGAGGCAGACAAAGAGAUAGCACAGAGUAAGUCAUGUGAAGCAACGAUUGGCCAACAGCUUGAAGAUGUCAAGCUUCAGUUUCACACAACUGCGUCAGCUCCAUGGUAAAAUGUUAUAUGAUCUUUAGCUUAAGCUCUGUAUUGCAAAUAAAAAAGCUAGAUUAAAUGUAACUAGUAAGUCUUAGGUGGGCCCUUUAGGCUUAUGGCUCAUGAAUGAUGUUUAGUUUAGACUUGUGACAAAUAUGACUCGAACGCCUUAUGAUUUUGUUACCUUGUCUCAAGAAACGAGGUUGUAAGAACUGGUUUUUACUUCGUACCAAUGCUUUAAUCUUCUCAGGCCAGACUGAUUGAUUCU